UAAAUUUACCUAUAAAAGGCUACAGUUUUUCUGUGAUAAGACACAACUCGAGUUCUUAUAGAAUACAUCAGAAGUUUUUAAAGCUUAAAGAAUAAUUCAAGAUGAAGUACCUUUUCGUCGUUGCCCUUAUUGCCUUGGCCAUUCAGUGUGCCUACUGCGCAAGCGCAACAACUACGACAACUACAACAACCGCUGCCUCGACCACAACAACAACCACAGAUGCAACAACCACGACAACAGCUUCUUCCACCCACAAGAAGCGUUGUUGGAAGGGCAACAACUGGUGCCACACCAGGAUUCCCAACAAGAAGUGCAAGCACCCGAGAAGGUGCCACAAGACCGUCGUUAUUGUAACCCACAGGAAGAAUUGAAGACCAUUACCAAAACUUGUAUAUCAAUUUAUGUUCGAAAUAAAUAUCUUAAAAUGAUUAA